UCGGUCCUGUCUUGUGAGAGAAAACUGAUGUUGUUGACGCUUCAAAGAGACGACAAUGGCCACCGAAGUGAGGCAGGAGCUUGCACAGCUGAUGAAUUCAAGUGGAUCUCAUAAAGAUCUCGCUGCCAAAUAUCGACAAAUUUUGGAAAAGGCCAUUCAGUUUACAGAUGCAGAUCAACUGGAAUCCUUGAAGGCCUUUGUUGAAGCAAUGGUCAAUGAAAAUGUCAGUCUUGUCAUCUCACGACAACUACUGACUGACUUCUGCACACAUCUGCCUAACCUGCCAGAUGCAACAGCUAAAGCAGUGUAUCACUUCACCUUGGAAAAGAUCCAGCCAAGGGUCAUCUCCUUUGAGGAACAGGUUGCCUCAAUCAGACAACACUUAGCAACCAUUUAUGAAAAGGAAGGCGACUGGAGAAAUGCUGCCCAGGUUUUAGUUGGUAUUCCCUUGGAAACCGGACAGAAGCAAUACAAUGUUGAUUAUAAGUUGGAUACAUACCUGAAAAUCGCCCGUCUAUACUUGGAAGAUGAUGAUCCAGUACAGGCUGAGGCUUACAUUAACAGAGCCUCAUUGCUUCAGAAUGAGUCCUCAAAUGAACAGCUGCAGAUCCACUACAAGGUGUGCUAUGCCAGAGUUCUAGACUUCAGAAGGAAGUUUAUUGAAGCUGCACAAAGAUACAACGAGCUGUCUUACAAGUCAAUUGUCCAUGAGAGUGAACGUUUGGAAGCACUGAAACAUGCCCUUAACUGCACCAUACUGGCCUCUGCAGGCCAGCAGAGGUCUCGUAUGUUAGCCACCCUUUUUAAAGAUGAGCGCUGUCAGCAGUUGGCUGCCUACGGUAUUCUGGAAAAGAUGUACCUGGACCGUAUCAUCAGAGGAAACCAGCUUCAGGAAUUUGCUGCCAUGCUGAUGCCACACCAAAAGGCCACCACAGCAGAUGGCUCCAGCAUCCUAGACAGAGCUGUGAUUGAACACAACCUGCUGUCUGCGAGUAAACUGUAUAACAACAUCACUUUUGAGGAACUAGGGGCAUUGUUGGAAAUCCCACCGGCAAAGGCUGAGAAGAUCGCCUCCCAGAUGAUCACUGAGGGACGCAUGAAUGGCUUCAUUGACCAGAUAGAUGGCAUUGUACACUUUGAGACUCGUGAACCCCUCCCAACCUGGGACAAACAGAUCCAGUCUCUGUGUUUCCAAGUCAACAACCUUCUAGAAAAGAUCCGACAGGCCGCUCCAGAGUGGGCUGCACAGGCCAUGGAAGCCCAGAUGACCCAGUAAAAUAUCCUCUUCAAAAUAUUCCCCACGCCACACCCUUGGCUCAUCCUAAAAUUUUGUCUUCCUGCUAGAUAAUAUCACUGCUUUAGGCUCAGAAAUGGAAGCACCCAAGGGAAACCCUUCUGGUUUUGCCAUCACUCGUUACAGAUGUUUCUCUUUUUGUUAAAUGUUCAGAGAGCACAGUUUUAGUACUUUUUUCUCCAUUAAAUAGGAUUCAGGGUUUUUCAAAGCUUCUGUCUGGCAUACAUAUGAUCACAACAACAGUAAGCGUAACCUGACCUGUAGGUGUGGCUGUGUUCACCUCCUGACUCACAUGGCAUGAGAAGAAAACACCACAUGAUAAUUUAUAAACUUAACAGAAUCCAAAAAGAGGUCAAAUGUGUACAUCUGGUCUAUUUAAGCCUUUUCAUUUCCACACACUGUCCUGAUUUUAACUUAAAAAUGGUGAUACAACUCUAUCUGUCAAGUGGUUCUCGAUUUAUUGCUUCAUGUAAACCUUAUGGCUCACACUUAUGAAAUUUCAGCAAAGAGAAUUAAAUUCAAAGCUGAGACAAGAAA